UCACUUACUCAUUGAUAGGAGCUGCAGCUACUUUCAGUUUUAAAGAAAAAACACAGGAAUUGUUUUUUUCAGACUCAGAAAUCAGAGCAUUUUUUUUCCUGUUGCAUCUUGUUGUUGUGGUUGUGCAGCAUGUUCUGAUGAGGCUGACAUGCAUUUUGAAGGCGGCUGUCAGCGGAGACUGACUGCUGCUGUAAAGACGGGCUGGCCUUUGACCCGCCGCCCACAAAACAAGGAGGAGCUUUCACUCCUGGAUUGAAGAAUGACUCGGGUUUGGCGUAUAAAGGUCUUUUAUGGUGGGCUGGAAGCAGCUCCAGCAGAGGGACUAAACGGAUCCCAGAGCAGCGGGGGCAGCCUCAGACAGAGCCAGCUGUGGAGCCCAGCACCGUCCGGUCUUCUUUCAGAAGGUUUUCAUCUCUUUCUGACAGUUUCUAACUCUGCGCGCAGACAUUGACAUGGAGAGGCAGGUGGUUCAACGCGCCAAAGAGGCCUUCCUGAGCGGCAGAGCACGAGGUCUGGAGUUCAGGCUGCAGCAGCUUCAUGCCCUGCAGAGCAUGAUCACGGAGAAAGAGACCGAGAUCUGCACCGCUCUUAAACAGGACAUCAACCGGAGCCAGUAUGACACGCCGCUCCUGGAGCUGAUUGGCAUUGAGAAUGAGAUCAAGCUGGCCAUAGAGAAGAUUGCAGAGUGGACAGCUCCUCGACCGGUGGAGAAAAACCUUCUCACUAUAUCAGAUGAAGUCUAUGUCCAACCAGAGCCCCUGGGGGUGGUGCUCAUCAUCGGGGCAUGGAAUUAUCCAUGGGCCCUCACCCUGCUACCACUGAUCGGAGCCAUUGCAGCAGGCAACGCAGCUGUGGUAAAACCGUCAGAGCUCAGCGAGUGCUCGUCCCUCCUGCUCCGAGCGCUGCUGCCCCGCUAUCUGGACAAGGAUCUGUAUCCAGUUGUGAUGGGCGGAGCCGCAGAGACCCAGGAGCUGCUGCGGCUCAGGUUUGACCAUGUCUUUUACACGGGCAGCAGCGCUGUGGGCAAACUGGUGAUGGAAGCUGCAGCUCGCCACCUCACCCCAGUUACUCUGGAGCUAGGGGGGAAGAGCCCCUGCUACAUCGACAAGGACUGCGACAUCCGGGUCGCAUGCCGCCGCAUCACGUGGGGGAAGUUUGUCAACUGUGGACAGACUUGCAUCGCCCCCGACUACAUCCUGUGUGAGCCCUGCAUCCAGAGCCGAGUGAUUGAAUGCAUCAGGCGCACGCUGCUGGAAUUUUACGGAGCUGACCCCAAGUGCUCGGCGGACUACAGCAGAAUCAUCAACCAGCGACACUUCACCCGAAUCAUGAGCCUGAUGGAGGGUUACACCCCUGUGGUGGGGGGUCAGAGUGACCCCUCACAAUGCUACAUUGCUCCCACAGUACUGAAAGAUGUGCCCCCCCAUUCCCGGCUGAUGCAGGAAGAGAUUUUUGGUCCUGUGCUGCCCAUUGUGACUGUCAGUGACAUGGACGACGCCAUCAACUUCAUCAAUGAGAGGGAGAAACCCCUGGCUCUCUAUAUCUUCUGCUCCAACAAAAAGGAGGCAAAGAGGAUGAUUGAGGAGACCACAAGUGGAGGAGUGACAGUCAACGAUGUCAUGAUGCACUACAGUCUCAGCUCUCUUCCCUUUGGUGGAGUGGGUCAGAGCGGCAUGGGCAGCUACCACGGCAAACACACUUUUGAGCGGCUAAGUCACCACAGAGCAUGCAUGCUCCGCUCACUCAACAUGGAGAGUGUCAACCUGGCCCGUUACCCUCCCCAGGACCGGCGGCGGGCACGCAGGGCCAAGAUGGCCCUCAGGUCCCCCUUGAUUGACAUGUCCAAGAGGACACUGAUCUGGGCUGUAGUGGCCACCAUCAUCGGCAUGGGCCUGUUCGUCACGCUGCUGGUCAUCCUGCUCAUCGCUGCCGGCCUGAACUGCACCUGCUGGUACUGGAGAGGUUUCUACAACUAGAGACACUGCAAGAAACCCCAGUCAACGUGCACACAAACACACAUCUACACUCACACAAACACACCAAUAAAUGUUGAUGAAAACAGA